AUGUCGCGUCGAUCGCUAUAUAAGGGCCGUAAGGAUGGAGGAGGAGGAGCAGGCGGCAUCUUGUCGAACUCGCUGUCCCGGGCGGCGUCGGCCUCGCGGACACCCAUGGAGGACUCCGACGAUGAGGGCGAGUUUGAAGAGCAGGACUUGAUGAGAAUCGAAGAGAUUUUAAAGGAGAAACUCGGGAAUUUGAACCAGCAGGAUAUGGGCGAGGUGGCCAAGGAAGACAGGAUUAGUGCUGGAGACCGAAGACAACAUGAGGCACACUUGUUGAACAGCAAGCGAAUACAGGAGAAUUCCAACAUCAAGGAUAUCAUCACCUCGUUGACUUUUUCGCGAAGUGAUAUAAGCUCGCAGUCGAGGGAGUUGCUCUUGGCGCAAUUGUACAAGAUCAUCGUCUCGAAACCGCUCGUGUUGUACAACGAGGAAAACGCCGGGAACCGUGCCAAUUAUGUCGAUGACGACGUGGUGAUGACGCUCAUUAACCAGUUGACGAGCGGCAACUACCGCAGUGAAACUGAGUUCUUGUACCUUUUCCGCUCCUUGAUCGCGUUGGUCUGUAGCGACAUUGAGGAGUUUGGCAACUUGGUCAGCAAUGACUUGUUGAGCCACAUUGAGCACUUGAUCACUGAGCCCGCCAACAGUAUCGUCACCGCUGAAAACAAGGCCAACGUCAUCCUGGGGUUCACCGUGCUCACGUUGAUUUUGUACAACGGGUCCUCGAGCUUUGGAGUCGACGACAGAGUCAAUAUGUUGAUGGAGAUUGCCGAGGGGUAUAGUGAAAGUGCUACUGCGUUGCAACGAGAAGUUGAAACGGGCGACCGCGAACAUGCUACGUUUAUCACCGAUAAGAAUUUGGACAAGAAAUUGGUUAAUGAAGCCAUGGCGAAAGUCUCGGCCGAGGCAUCAGUUGCCAUGGCUGCACUUCACGGCGUGGCGUGCUUGUCGACGUUGAUGCGCAGAGGCGAGUACAUGAAUAAAGUUAGCGAGGAUUUGAUGUUGAAGCUAGUGCCACUUUUGGAUAACGAUGAAAGCAGAGACAUUGCCAAAGCCGCCGGACGCGCAAUUGCCGUGAUUUAUGAGCUCUACGACUAUGGUAGAGAGGAUGCUGCUGAUGCCCAAGCACAAGGAGACACGUAUCAAUACGGUGAUGACAUCGACGAUCCCGAUUAUAAUGUCAAUUCGCCGUACUACGAGCAGGAGGCAUUGAAAUCGGUGCUACUGAGACUUGUCAACCUAUCAUCAAAAAAGGUGUCUAAAAAGGACAAGAGGCAAGUGAGCUCGGUGUUUAGAAGCAUCUUGAACACAAUAGACUUGUACACCGACAACGACAAGCGAGAACAAGUAUAUCGCGGAACUCAAGAGGGGAACGAGCUCCUCAAUUCCGUCUCGGACACGUCAUUCAUCAAACUUUCCAAGUACAAGCUGCUCAAGAUCAAUUCGUGGUUCUUGUUUGUGCGACUCAAAUUGUUGAAAUGGUGCUUCAGUUUUGGAUUGCAUAGCCAGAUCUCAAGCAACGAAUCAGUACGAGACGUGUUGAAAGAACCGGAGAACGAAUACUCCUAUGGCAGUAAUGUCGGUAGAGCAGGUAUUGAUGACUUGCUCUACGACACUCAAGAGGCCUUGAACGAUUACAUGGACCAGAAAUACGCCGCCGACGAGAAAUCGAGAAACGAGAGGCGGAAGAAGGAACGUUUGGCUAAAUUGGACGAUCAACUUGAGGAGUUGAACUUGAGCAAGUAA